UGCUAGUCUCUGUUUUGACGUUGCAUCACCGCGGGUUUCCUACAACAACAAUAACAACAACAACAAUUUAGCUACGCAAAACAGACCAUAAUCAACACCAACUACAAAUACAAUAUUAACUUUUCCACCUCCGAUACUUAAAGCCUGCAUGUUUCAAAAUGUCAUGGCUCAAGAGUGUUCGCACAUUUCUUCGCGAUCUGAGGCGGUUCAAAAGCGCGAGCCCAGAUGAGAUGCAGCUGGAACAAUUACAUAUAGAGACUUUCGACAUCAACGAUCAACAUACAUUCGAUAACAUCGAGCCUGUGUGGGAUAUUUUAAUGAGCGAUAACUGCUUAUCAGAGGUAUAUUGUCUGGAGACCUUACUGCGCGGAGUCAAGGGAGCUCUGUUUUUCUCAGAAUGUGUGUCUUCGUUAUUAGCGAGUUGGAUUACGACCUUGUCACAAGAAGCUUCACAUAACUUUCAUAUUGCUAGGUGAAUGUUUUAAUCUGUAUAGUUUAUGUUAUGCUGAUGCAAAACUUCUAGGAACAAAAAACUUCGAAUUGAGAAUGAUAAUUACUCUUCUGGCAUCCCCACCUUAUUGACCCUAUCAUCGUCACACAAGACGAAACGUAUAAUUCCUCUGUUAUCGAUUGUGAUCCGGGAACGAAAUCGACCAGAGCAUUUACUUAGCUCUGCAGAGCUCUACGUCGCAUUCGCUAUGGCUGCCAUGCACUGUUCACUAGAGGACAUCAAAACCAUAAAUGUGCGUUGAUGCAAUAAAGAGCUUUGCUAUGGGGCUAACCUUUCAUAGGUAAGGGUUUUGAUAGUAUACUCGUAUUGGGUGCAAGUCGUUACUGUGACCACAACACCACUAUACAUUAAGUCAAUCAUCCAGGGCUCGGAGUGUAUCAUGGGAAAGAUGGCGAUACACCGGACCAGAUGGUUUAAUUUCCUGGACCCUUCUGGUCGGCUGGGAAUCCUUCUUUCAGCCUCGGAGGAUAUCAAUUUAGGACUUUCUCCGGAGGAUACGAAUUUUUACAACAAGAGAAAGCGGCCAAAAUCUACAUUGGAGCAUGUGGAAAAAUUGGAGAAAUUGAGAAGUAAAAGGCGAAAGUCAAAGAUUGCCUGAAUGGUAACCAAAAAAUAAAUCAGCUUUGAUGGUUUAUCAGUUAUUUAAUAUAUCUAAAUAUUUAAUUAUCCGUGGAAAGAACCCUCACUUCAACUGCGGGUAACUACAUCCCGAUCAGUGUGGGAAUCUAUCAAGAAAGACUGCACAAUAAUUAUUUCCUCAAAUACCCUUCCAUCUUAUGUCUUGUAAUGU